CUGUCCGGUCUGAGAUGGAGCCAGUCUUUAACCGGCAGGGUGGAGGUGAGGUGGGGGCGCAGUGGGAGGUGUGGAGUGGGGCUUCCCUCCACUGCUGCUGGGGUUUCACUUUCCCAAUCCUCACAGGAUCUCUGAGAGGAGAACCGACCCAAGCCGGUGCUCCGAGCCGGGAGGUGCGCUGCUCUCUGCCCACCUGGAUGGCGUCUCCGGCGGCUGUGAGGCGGAGGAUCCCCCGCCUGCUGGUCCGCCUGCUGGGCCUCGGCGCGCUGCUGCUGCUGGCCGACGGCAAACUGGUCUGUCACUGCACCGGGAAGUCCCGCUGUCACUGCGACGGGGUCAAAGGUCAAAAGGGAGAAGCAGGAUACCCAGGAGACCCUGGACUUCCUGGAGUGAUGGGAUUUCCUGGAAGAGAAGGUCACCUGGGGUCAGCAGGAGAAAAGGGUAACCCGGGAAACGCAGGCGGUCGAGGAAUUAAGGGCUCUCGGGGACCUCCUGGAACUCCAGGUUUUCCAGGACCUCCAGGUCUCCCAGGGCUUCCUGGACACGAAGGGCCAAUGGGUCGACCCGGACUCCCAGGAUGCAACGGGACAAAAGGGGAGGCCGGAUACCGAGGGGUUCCUGGACCUUCAGGCCCGCCGGGACCACGAGGGCCCCCGGGGCCACAGGGCAUGAAGGGAGACUCGGUCAUGAUCCCCUUCAGCCAGGAAAUCGAAGGAGCAGCGGGACCACAAGGGCCACCCGGCAGAAAGGGCCAAAGUGGAGAUGGAGGAGAACCGGGCGCACCGGGUCGGCCCGGAGACCAUGGACUUCCUGGAAGACGAGGACCUGCAGGAAUUGAAGGAGAAAAGGGUCAGGAAGGUUCCAGUCCGACGAGUCCUGGUCCGCAGGGCAGGAAGGGCGAUCGCGGCCCCCCAGGGAUCCCCGGGAAGCAGGGCAUCAAGCUCUACGUUGAAGCACCCAAAGAGCUGAAGGGCGAGCCGGGCGAAGCGGGGCAGAAAGGUUUCCCUGGUCUUCCUGGGGAGCCAGGGAGCCCGGGGGUGAAAGGAGAGAAGGGUGACAGAGGAGAACCCGGCUCACUGGGAAAACCAGGGAAGAAGGGAUUACUGGGAGAACUGGGACAGCGGGGCGACCCCGGAGACUUCGGCUCCAUCGGCCCGCCCGGCAUCGACGGCGCCGCGGGAGAAAAAGGCGACCGAGGACCUCCAGGUCCCCCAGGACAGACCAUCUUUAAUCACAAAUUUGUGAAGGGCCGGCGAGGUUUCCCCGGGCCCCUUGGACCCACCGGGUUCCCCGGGAUUCAAGGUCCGAUCGGGUUCCCAGGACUGAAGGGCGAGUCAGGUGAGGCCUCCAACGGACCGCCAGGUUCUCCUGGUCCAACUGGCUCAGGAGGUCCCAAAGGGGAACCAGGACUGCCGGGCCUGGUGGUUACCGGACCGCCAGGAUUGACCGGAGUGCCAGGACCUUUUGGACUUCAGGGAGAGCCAGGAGAGCCUGGAAUACCAGACAUGAAGAUGACAGGACAGGGUGUUCCCGGUUCUAAAGGCUUUCGGGGCCCUCCAGGGGACAAAGGGGCGGUUGGGCAAAAGGGUCAGAAAGGGGAGGUGUGUACAGACUGCGAUUUUCAGCCUGGCCCUCCUGGACCUCCGGGACCACCAGGGCCGCCAGGUCAGGACAGGUUGCCAGGUGCAGCUGGACCUCCAGGACCAGCAGGUGAUAAAGGCUUCAAAGGAGCCGCAGGCCCACCUGGAGAACAGGGCUCCAGGGGCCCCGUGGGCCCCCAGGGCCCCCCGGGGCCCGCAGGCGAGCCGGGGUUAACCCCUUGGCUGGGGCAGAAGGGGGCGGCCGGGGACCGGGGCGAUAAGGGGCAGCGGGGAGACGCGGGGCAGCCCGGCUUCCCAGGACCGCCGGGCCCCAAAGGCGAAACGGGACAGAAAGGAAACCCGGGGCGCGUGGGGUCAAAAGGUCACCGGGGCGCGGCGGGACCCCUCGGGGCCAGAGGAGCGACGGGGCCACCGGGCCCACCGGGUUACAGCCAUCCGGGUCGUUCAGGACCGGCGGGGCCCAAAGGAGCUAACGGCUACAUGGGAGAUGUUGGAGCACCGGGCCCCAAAGGAGAGAAAGGCUCUAUGGGGAACAUCCAGAACAUUCCAGGAGAUCCGGGACCAAAAGGCUUCAGAGGACGGCGGGGGGAAACCGGACCUGGCGGUGAGAACGGACCUGCGGGUCGCCGAGGACCGCCUGGUCCAAAAGGUCAAAAGGGCAGUGACGGUUACUCUUACAAGGGUAACCGGGGCAACUCGGGGUCAAAAGGAGACAAGGGGUCCAGAGGAGAGCCAGGGUUCCCCUGUUAUGGCAUGAAGGGACCAGCGGGGCCGCCCGGCCACCCGGGGCCCGUCGGCCCAAAGGGCCACAGAGGGUUUGGGCUGCCGGGUGAGGCGGGUAAACCAGGCCCUCGGGGGGAGGAUGGCUGUGACGGACCUCCGGGCCAUCCGGGACCGUCGGGACGGCUGGGAGAUCCGGGACCUGCGGGACAAGAUGGCCGCCCGGGGCCCAAAGGUCACCGAGGCGUUGAUGGGGAACCCGGUUCCACGGGUCCGCCUGGGCCCCGUGUCCCCGGACCUCCAGGACCUCCAGGACCGCGAGGUCCGGUCGGUCCAAUUGGACCCACAGGAACAAGGGGGCCGACGGGUCUGAAGGGAGAUCCGGGGACCCUCUGCUCCAGAGUCCCCGGGGCCACAGGGCCACCGGGGCCACCGGGACCCGAUGGAGGUCCAGGGCCAGCCGGGGAAGUGGGACCCAAAGGCCGGAGAGGGAAUCCUGGAGAGCCUGGAGGCCCGGGGCCGAGAGGCUACAUGGGUGUUCCAGGGCCGAUGGGGUGUCCUGGAAACGACGGACCGCCUGGGACCUGCGGGGAACCGGGACCUAAAGGUCAGAAGGGUCGAGAUGGUUCAGUAGGUUCUCAGGGACCAACAGGAGAGCCAGGGGACAAAGGAGCAACUGGACCCAGAGGGUUCCCAACAGUCAUCAGCACAACGGGGGAUCCUGGAGACCCUGGAUUUCCAGGACCCAGAGGUCCCACUGGGGAAAAAGGACAAGGAGGCCCCCCAGGGAACCAAGGGCCAAAGGGCCUGGAUGGAAAACCUGGAGGCCCGGGGCCACCAGGACAUCCUGGAGAUCCAGGUAGAGACGGAGAGAGAGGUCCUCGUGGUGGCUCUGGGCCCCCAGGGGACAAGGGAUGCACCGGUAGACCAGGUGAUCCAGGUGAAAAAGGUGCAACGGGAGCCAACGGGCCCCCGGGUUCAGAUGGAGGGUCGGGGAAACCCGGAGAUAAGGGACGUAAAGGAGAACCAGGUUUUGGACGGGGAGGUAAAGGCUGUAGAGGAACGAAGGGGAUUCCUGGACCUCCAGGACCUUCUGGUCCAAAAGGAUCAGGAGGACCAGCUGGAGACGUUGGCCCUCUGGGGCCCUGCGGUCCCUGUGGAUCUGUGGGACCCAAAGGGCCGCCUGGAUCCAAAGGUUCUCCUGGUAGAGCCGGUGAGAAAGGUUUGGAUGGCCUUCCUGGGAACUGUGGCCCUCCAGGGCCUCCUGGAAAUCCAGGAUGCCAGGGGCUUCCUGGAGCGCCUGGUCCACUGGGACCCAAAGGAAACCAGGGCCGGGACGGGAUCCCCGGGCCUAAUGGAGAGAAAGGAGAUGUGGGCUCAUGUCUACCUGGACCUAAGGGGCCGACAGGAGGAAGAGGUCCCCCUGGAUGCGUGGGGGACAGGGGCCCGCCGGGAUGCUGUGGGCCGCCUGGACCCUCUGGGCCUGCAGGAGACCCGGGUUGCCAAGGCGCUAAGGGACCCCCAGGGCCUCCUGGAUGUGCUGGGAAGCCAGGGGGACAGUGCAUUGAUGGGACGAAGGGAUAUAAAGGAUUUUCUGGACCUCAAGGACCGAAAGGCUCCAAGGGUCCGCCCGGUCCGCCUGGUCCGCCAGGUCCUGGUUCCAAAGGCCAUAAGGGCGUUAAAGGAGAACCGGGUCCCUCUGGACCACCAGGACCAAUCGGUGACCCCGGUCCUUAUGGACCUCCUGGUUCUUGCGGGCCGCCUGGAUGUCCUGGAGAGAAAGGCUGCAGAGGACGGAUUGGACCACAAGGUCCAACUGGUAUGGAAGGGGACAAAGGACCGCCAGGUAACCCGGGGCCAGGAGGACCACCAGGACGAAUCGGGAACCCGGGACCAAAAGGGAAGGACUUGUAUUUUCCUGUGCAGCCGGAACCAGGAGACCCAGGUGCAGAAGGAGUUGAAGGCCAAGUGGGAGGAAUCGGAUCCCCGGGUUUCCCUGGACCGAGGGGAGCUGAUGGUUCAAAAGGCUCAUCAGGAGCACCAGGUUGGACAGGAGCACCUGGGUCUGACGGACUGAGAGGAGAGGAUGGAGAGAGAGGACGAAUCGGCCGGAAAGGUGCGAACGGAGAGCGUGGCAGAGUGGGAGCCAAGGGUCUUCCAGGUGAGCCAGGUGAGCCAGGCGGCGGCGCGCCACCCAGGAGGAACGGCUUCCUGUUCACCAGACACAGCCAGGACAGCGCCGCCCCGGCCUGCCCGGCCCAGUCCACGCUCAUAUUCAGAGGAUACUCGCUGCUCUUCAUCAACGGCUACAGCCGCGCUCACGGACAGGACCUGGGAACGGUGGGCAGCUGCCUGCAGCGUUUCAGCACCGCUCCCUUCCUGGUCUGUGAAACUGGAGAGGAAUGUCGAUACGCUGAGAGAAACGACUUUUCCUACUGGCUGUCCAACAUCAGGAGCCCGCCAAACCAGACCGACCCAGAGGCGGCGCUGGAGUCCAAGAUCAGCAAGUGUUCGGUGUGCGAGUCUGAAGCCAACGUGAUCGCCAUCCACAGCCAGACCAGCGCCGUCCCGCCCUGCCCUGCGGACUGGCAGUCGCUCUGGACCGGAUUCUCCUUUGUGAUGGAAACGGGCGUGGGCGCCGAGGGCUCGGGUCAGCCUCUGGUUUCUCCAGGAUCCUGCCUGGAAAACUUCCAAGGAAUGCCGUUCAUGGAGUGCAGCGUCGGCUCAGGAACCUGCAAGUACGACAACUCCCUGUACAGCUACUGGCUGGCUGCUCUGGACCCCGACAACAUGUUCAGGAGGCCCAGCAGCUGGAUCCUUCCAGGGAACAACCCGGACAACAUCAGCCGCUGCAGGGUCUGCAUGAAGAUCAUGCAGAUGUGACCUCUGACCUCUGACCUCUGAGGGUCAGAGGACAGGUCGGUCCAACAGCACAUCUGUCCCCCAGGACUCCUGUCCUCUGAGGCAGUCAGACAUGAGCAGAACCAGAACUGUUUUUGGUGCCGCUGCGGUGCCGUUUGGUUCUGAGCAGGAAGACGUCGCGUUGCCAGGUUGGUGACGACCCACAGCUGGUUCACAAAGUCCUAUUGGGUUUGUGUCAUGUUUCUUAUCAGCAACUUUUAUCAGCAACUUUUAAUGUGAGACCUAAUCUGGAAAAACUUCAGGGUGAGAGUUGAGCUUAAGAAGAGGCAGCAGAGAGCAGCCUGAAGCUAACAGCAUCGGCCAAUCAGAGAGCAGCCUGAAGCUAACAGCAUCAGCCAAUCAGAGAGCAGCCUGAAGCUAACAGCAUCGGCCAAUCAGAGAGCAGCCUGAAGCUAACAGCAUCAGCCAAUCAGAGAGCAGCCUGAAGCUAACAGCAUCAGCCAAUCAGAGAGCGGCCUGAAGCUAACAGCAUCAGCCAAUCAGAGAGCGGCCUGAAGCUAACAGCAUCAGCCAAUCAGAGAGCAGCCUGAAGCUAACAGCAUCGGCCAAUCAGAGAGCAGCCUGAAGCUAACAGCAUCGGCCAAUCAGAGAGCAGCCUGAAGCUAACAGCAUCAGCCAAUCAGAGAGCAGCCUGAAGCUAACAGCAUCAGCCAAUCAGAGAGCAGCCUGAAGCUAACAGCAUCAGCCAAUCAGAGCCCGCCUGAUUGCAGCCUCUGAUUGGCCUAAAGUCACAAAUUGGUUGAAGAUUUUUGGACUUCCUGGGUCUCUGACAGAAAUUCCAGGCCCAGAGCAUCAUGCUGCCACCACCAUGUCUCACCGUUUUCUGAGUUUUACAGCUGUUUUGAUAUUUUUAUGGAAACUUUUCCAGACUAAAGCUUCGUUCACACAGCAGGUUAAGAUUUUUUUGUUUUGCUGAAAUCAGAUUUUUUUUUCUGUUGUUCAUUUUACUAAUUAAAUGCGAUUAAAUCAGAUUUCUGGUUGAACGGCCUCCAACCUAAAAGAACAACGUAGCUGCUACCCCGCAGCGCUCUGUGUUCGGCACUAAACAUGGCUGCCGCCAUGUAUGGAAGGUUCUUAAAGAGACAGUAUCAUAUAAAAUCAAAAUGUUUUUAUCUUUGUCAUGUUGUAAUUUUAUUCCCUCAUGAAAAACAAACCUGCAGUGUUGCUUUGAUUCUUUCAUGAUUGAGAAAUCUCCAUGGCAACCAUUCAGCUACAGAACACCUGGAUGGACCUAGCUCCGCCUCUGAGACACAGCUCCUCCCCCACUCAGCUCCUCCAGACUAGCCAACAGCAUUUAGCAAACAGCUUGUGGAACUGCAGAGCUGCUACGUUAAAAACGUUAAAGGGUUAAUAGAGGAGCCAUGUUGGGUCGACAUCCUGGAGGCGGAGCUUCAGAAAGAGCAGGAGCUUCUUAAAGAGACAGAGACAGUUCUGAAUGCUUUCAUUUCCAGGCAUUGUUUGCGUCCAGAUUCACCGUCUGGCUUCUUCUGCUGCUGAAUUAUGAUGCGUCUCGUGGCAACGAUGGAAAAGUCGGAUAAAAUGUGACACAACUUUAGAAAACUACCAGAGACGAUUGAAUUCCACAUAUAGAUGAGGAAGAGAUCGGAUUUUAGUGAGAGCGAAAAGACGGAAAGUCUGAUAUGAUUGCAGUCCCUGCUGUGUGAACGCAGCUUUAAUUAACGCAGCUUUAAUUAACGCAGCUUUAAUUAACGCAGCUUUAAUUAACGCAGCUUUAAUUAACGCAGCUUUAAUUAACGCAGCUUUAAUUAACGCAGCUUUAAUUAACGCAGCACCUUGUUGGUGUUUUCUGCCGACUUCAUGUUGUCAUUGAGGUUUUAUUCAGGUUAAGACUUUAAAAUGGUGAAAUGUUGCGUUCUACAGUUCAGUGAGGUUUCUCUGAUGUAACCAAACAUUUUCAAUAACAAACCUUGACAUCAUGCUCACAUCUGAUUGGUUGAGAGGACAGGAAGUCUGCAAACUGAGGUCUGCAGUUGGACGAUAUGAAAUGUGCUGUGGGAUUCAUUACAUUUUUAUUAUUAUUGUUAUUGUUGCCAGUGUCACAUAUUCACUCACAGUGGCUGUUAAAACUGUAGAUAAAUCCAUAAAUAUGUUUGAAUCAGAUGGUAUGUUAUGUUUAAAUAUGUUGUUGUUUAAUCAUCUAAGCAGAAAUGAACCCAAAGCCUGGAUGAUAUUUAUGGACUCAACAUGAAAACCUGGAGCUGUUUUCUCCUGCAGACGGUGACAUUUCUGUAAAACUGAUUUGUUGUUUCUGAGGUUUUAAAUCCAACUGUUAAAUAUCAUCUUUAAAGAUGGCUGACCUCAGCGUGACGCUCUCAUUCGGUCCAGAAUGGUUCAUGGUUCUGAUAAUGUAUGGAGGAAUUUUACUGCCAUAAGCUGACAGCAGACAUUUUCAGUCUGAAAGCAGGAUUUCAUUUCUUUGCACUCAAAACUUCUGUCCACACAGAUCAACUCUCCAGUUGUAAACCUCGCUGCUCGCUCUCAAAACAAAGAAGUACUGUUGCCUAGCAACGUCUCAGCCAAUAGAGCGAAAGGCGGUGGGAGCCGCCUCGGGCUGCGUUUGUUUUCCUCUAGUGGCUGUUCUCCAUCUAUAGAUAGGAAGAAUCCAUUUGGUAGAUAUUAAACCCAUCAGAAAAUCACGGAGCGCUCCGGGGGACAAAGGAAAAAUGUUGCUUUUGCGUGUGGGCGUGGCGUCUUCAGGUAUGAAUUGAAGGUUGCCGACGGUGAGCAGGGCGGUCAGUGCUUGGACAGUUUGAUCAUCAAAAUGAAAUAAAUCAAUAAUUGUGACAGAACAAAGUGGUUUGGAGUUGAUUGAUAAACGGAUUGUUGAUUGUUGAUUGACCCAGUUCAGCGCUCUGCCACCAUUAGUUUGUCGUGUUUUUAAUAAUAAAAUGUGUUUAUUAUUAUUACGUCUUUGGUGCAAAAAACUGAUUUAUUCACUGCAUGUUUAUGUGUGUAAAGGCUGAGAUGGAUCUGAACAUGAAAACGGCUUUAAACAGAAACAAUCAAAACUGUCAGAUGAUUUAUUACAUAAUAACUCAGAAAUAGUCCAAAUUAGGAUGUAGUUUUAUUUCUUUCCUACUAAAGAACAUUUCUGUUUAUAUCGUAGGUUUGUGGUGCCUUUCUAUCCUAAAGAGAGAGAUAUAAAACGUCAGAUAUUUUAUAGAGAGAUAUUAACAUUCAUGGAAAAACCUCACAUAACCUGGUAUUAAAGCAGAAAGUACAGCGGUCUGUAAGAACGGCUUACAGGAUUCAAUUAUGCCACAUGAACUGAUCAGUACAGUAUUAUGAGGGAUCCAAACUCCUGGAAAAAAAAUCAGCAGCUAUUCUUCUGAAAAAUGCCGCGACUUUUUAAAGUGUGAAAGCUAAACCCCGCCCCCUGCAGAGACUCGGCUGAGUGAGGCGAUGAGCGAGGGAUGGGGCGUGGCAUCACCACUUUGUCACUAAGUUUAUCAAUUUUUCACUAAUUAUAAAUUUAGCAUCUCUUAUUCUGUGUUGUUGUAGACUUUUGUGGCUCUGCAGCCCAUCUGUCCUGAGCAGCUAAAGCUAAUAGCAGCUAUUAGCUUCUGCUGUUUCCUCAGCGUUCAGCCCGUCUGAGGCAAACAUUCAACACCAAACCUUCACCAACAGUCAGAGCAGAGCGGACUCAUUUGUGAACACAUUGCAAUUAAAUCACACAUAUGUAAAGCUGAGUAACGUUACCCAUCAACGCUCGCCAGUUGCCACGGCAACCAUUGCUACUUCAAAUUCUGACAGAAAAUAUUUGAAAGAGAGCAGAAGUUUAGAGAGCAAAGAUUAAAUUCUGCUUGCAAACUGAAAAUGUGUGUUCUUGACUUAUGGCAGUAAAAUUCCCCCAUAAUUAUCUGAUGGAUCUGCUGGUCUGUCAGAGUUUUCUGCGUUUUCUCCUCCAGUCUCAUCGUCUUUCUGUUGGUUCAGUUCAUCCUCAUGUAAAUGUGUUUUUCUUGUUUCUCUUUGAUUUAUUAAAAUUUCUCCUUCAAUCGUCGUCUAUGA